GUGAGCCAGCCCCAAACCCUGCGUGCACCUGGUUCUUUCCCAUUGCUCUGCUCCCCCAUUCUGGGACUCAGCUGUCAAACCUUCAUACUCCCCAUCUCUGCGGCCAACCUUCAACUCCAUUUUGAAGGAUCUUUCCCUUUCCCAUUUUCACCCAGCUCCUCCCAAAGACUCCAAAAUGACUUCUCCAUGCUCUCAUCUAGAGCCCCCAGCCCUUCCUCCCGGCGCGCUUACAUCCCAGGCCUCCAUUCCACCUCCCCUGCCUCCAAAUUCCCCGGAUUUAACUUUUCUACCCACUCCCUCGAGUCUCCAGGUCCCUAUUCCCCCACCACCCCCACUGCCGCCUCCACCCCCUGCUUUGGGGCCUGCUACCCCUCAUGUCUUCGGCAUGGAAAAGAGCCAGCUGCUGAAGGAGGCCUUGGAGAAGUCUGGCCCAGUCCCCACGGGCAGAGAGGACGUGAAGAGGCUUCUGAAGCUGCACAAGGACCGUUUCAGAAGUGACCUACAGUGGAUCCUCUUCUGUGCCGACCUGCCCUCCCUCAUCCAAGAAGGCCCUCAGUGCGGGCUGGUGGCCUUGUGGAUGGCAGGCACUCUCCUAGCGCCCCCCAGCGGUGUCCCCCUGGAGAGACUUGUGCAGGUGGCCCUGGAGAGAGGCUACACCGCCCAGGGGGAGAUGUUCUCUGUGGCUGACAUGGGUAGGCUGGCUCAGGAGGCACUGGGCUGCCAAGUGGAGCUGCUCUGCGGCGGCCUGGGCGGUCCCAACAGAGACCGCGUCCUGCAGCACCUCAUUGCCGGACACCCCCUGCUCAUCCCCUACGAUGAGGACUUCAACCAUGAGCCGUGUCAGAGGAAGGGCCAUAAGGCUCACUGGGCGGUCAGCACAGGGGUCCUGCUGGGGGUGCCAGGCGUGCCAAGCCUCGGCUACGCUGAAGACCCUGAGCUGGCAGGCCUGUUCCACCCGGUGCCCAGCACACCCUGCCAGCCGCCACCCCUACCAGAGGAAGGCUCCCCCGGCACCAUCUACCUGCUCUCCAAGCAGGGCAAGAGUUGGCACUACCAGCUGUGGGACUAUGACCAGGUCCGCGAGAGCAAUCUGCAGCUGACAGACUUCUCGCCGUCACGGGCUGCCGAUGGCUGGUCAUACGUGGUGCCUGCUGGCGGGCUGCAGUCUGGCCUCUGCGGCCAGGCCCUGCUCCUCAGACUGCACAAUGCUAGCCGCUAG